CGGUCGAAGAGAAAUUAUCAAAAUUUGGUGUUGCAAAAUAAGCACAUUAAUACCAUUAUUUAGUUUCUAUAAUAAUUAAUAUUACGUAAAAUAAGGUCAAAAAUGUAUAAACAAAUCAUUAUCAUAAUAUACGUUGAAGUAUGUUGCAUAGAUAUCGGAUAUUCUGCACUUCCUGUAAAUUAAUUCGUCUGUUAGAGGGCAGCACUAUGUAAUCCAGUAGAAUGAUGCGGCAACUGCAAUGUUUUUACUAGAAAUUCACUCUCAUAUACUGUUAGAUUUGACACGUCUUUAAUCCAAUCAUUUUUCUCAAGCAUUAUUUGGAUAUUUGGGAGGACCAGCUGAAAUAAACGUGAUUAUGGUCUGGGUGUUGUACAGAUGAACAGUGGGUUCAGCAUCUUUUUUCUGGUGUGAUUCAGCAUUAUGUCUGAUAUUGAGGAUGAGAUCAACUUGGAUGAUGUAAAGCCUGAGCCAUCAGAACCAUAUUUAGCUGAGGGAGCGUGUGGAGGGGACCCCCCAGGGAGGCCAUUCUCUCCCCGCAGUGACAAUUUUAGCCUGGAGGUGCAGUUUGAGGAGGAGAGUACGAGGCACCCCAGUGAAAUCAGUACCCUGUCUUACCAGAAUCUGCUGGAGGAGGGCGAGGGGUGUGGUGUAGUGUUAUCUCGCCAAGAGAGUGAGGAAAGCACAGAUUCCACACCUUCCGAUUUUGUAGAAUUCCCAAGAGAUAUUACUCUAGACUGUGAUAUUAAGGACUUACCAAGUGCAAUAUCAUCCAAAAGUAAGCUGGACGCCUGUGAGGAGUUUGUGAUGAAUGAGAGGCUUGAUAUAAUGGUGACAAAAAAUGAUUCAGAUCAAAUCAGUAACCAACCUGUUGUAGGAAGUGAAAGUAGUUUUGUGCAAUCUGAGAAGGCAAAGGAAUGUCUUUCUAAAGAUCCAUUAGUUAUCAAAAGAAAUAGUUUAGAAAUUCGAAAUAAUAUUCCAGUGAUGGGGGAAGUCAAAAGUUAUGAAAAAGAUAUUGAUAGUGUAAUCUAUAAUGUUCAGGGGGCAAAGCCUAAGAUUAGGUCAGGGAAACAGUCUCCAGGUUUGGCAUGUAGGAUAGGGGAGGGAUCCACUGGAAGUGGAAGUGAUAGGGAAGGAUCUGUUGGGAGUGGAAGAGAGGCAUCAAGUGCUGAGAGAGACCUGGACAAGUCUGUUCACAAUAGGCUGACCAAAGUUGCUGACAAUUUAAGUAACACAAGUGAUGGAAAUCGAACUGAGGACACAAUAGAAGAGGAGGAAGUUGUUCAGUUGGUGAAAAUGACCAAUGUUAGACCCCAUUGUUUUAUACAACCACAUGUGCAAGGGAAUGAGGAAGAUUUAGUAAUUGAAGACAAAGAUGUGAAACAAGUUGAAAAGCAGGAAAAUGCUGUGAACAAGUUAUCAUCCCCCGGAAAUGAAGUGGAAAAUGAGUAUGACUAUGUGAAAUAUGCCAGAGUUCAAGAUGGGGACUCUUAUGUAGGAAUGAGAUUAGCAUAUUCAAGUGCAGAAGAAGCAAAGAAAAAUGGUAUGACACUCAGUGGAUUUUCAAAUGUGGAUGAUUUUUCAAGAGAAAAUUCACCUGAGAAAACUCUAUGUCUACAAAAAAUGGAUUACCCAAAUGCAAUACAGAAUGUAAAUGAUGACACAUUAACUGAGAUUCCCCUUGACACAGCCGAUAGUCCCCUAAAUGAGAAGCAGGCCUUCUCCUUGUCCCCAGAAAAUACUGAAUGUGACAGUGUGGAAGUAGAGAGUAUCAUUUCUGAGGGUGAGAAGAACAGCAUAGGAAUGCCAAUGGUGGAGGAUGGGUUAUCCAGCAGUCAGACCAGUGAUACAGAGGAAGGUCCCUCAUCAAACAAUGUCUACAAAUCACCAACAGCCAGGCUACGCUCCAAGCAGAAAGCUGACCUGGACCAGGAACUAGAAAACCUGGACAGAGAGUAUGGUAUCAAGGAAAAGAGUAAGCCAAAGGAAAUGGACACAAAAGCCAUCAUGGAAGAUCUGAAGUCCAAGAGAGAAGCAUUAGACACUGCCAUCGCUGAUAUUAAGACAGCCAUCCAACAGAGCAAGACUACCACACAGCCUUACAAAGAUGAUACGGAUGAAGAUGAACCUGUGUGGGUCAAACGAGAGGAGUCUAAUCCUGAUAAAAAGCAAAACUUAGAAAGUGUGCAGGAAAAGCUUACUAGGCUCCAGCAUGAAGACACAAAACUCAGAGAGGAGGAAAAGGUUUAUCAGAUGGAGAAUGAGAAAGACAAACUGUUGGAGAACCAGUUCAGUAAGAACGAUGGGAAGAAAUACCAGGUUCCCAGAGGUUAUGAUUCAGAUGAUGAUGAGGAAGGAGUACAAUAUACACGCAACAUACAAGGCAAAAAAUAUGCGUCUCUCCCCCGCGAUGAUUCAUUUGAUCACGGACGCUCUAGACAGGUGGCUGUUAAUGGCUCUAGCCAUAAUCAAAUGCAAAGUGACUAUAGCUCAGAUUCAAAUGAAUAUAACUACUCAAAGCGCAAUCGACUUAAUUCAGAGUCUGACACUGAUGACUAUGGCAGUGAUGUUGAGGCGCCCUCUAAAACAUCUUAUGUCAAGCAAAAGCCUGGAGACUUUGAUACAGAUGAGGAGACAGAUGUUUUGUUACAAAAACAAUAUCAGAAAGACAGUCAGGUAGACAUUCCAGAGUUAACUCAUCCACCAGUUAAUAGAAGUGCUCAGCAGGAAGAAAGAAGAACUAAGGCUAAAGAAGCUUCCAUACAUGAUCCUGAAAAUCCCUCAGUCUUAAUAGAAGGGGUACUGUUCCGUGCUCGUUAUCUGGGGUCUACACAACUGAUCUCCGAGGGCCAACCAUCCAAAGCAAUGAGGAUGAUGCAGGCCCAAGAGGCUGUCGGGAGAAUAAAGGCUCCAGAGGGGGAGAAUCAACCAAGUACAGCCGUGGAUCUCUUCGUCUCCACUGAAAAAAUAAUGGUGCUAAAUACAGAUCUUCAGGAGAUUAUGAUGGACCACUCGCUGCGGACUAUAUCCUACAUUGCUGACAUUGGGGACAUUCUGGUCAUCAUGGCCAGAAGGAGAAUCUUAUCCUCCCCAGGAGAUGAAUCUCUGCUGAAGAAAAAACAAGCCAAAAUUUUGUGCCAUGUAUUUGAAUCUGAUGAGGCUCAGCUGAUAGCCCAGUCCAUAGGACAAGCCUUUCAGGUGGCUUAUAUGGAAUUCCUGAAAGCCAAUGGAAUUGAGGAUCCUUCUUUGAUGAAAGAAAUAGACUAUCAAGAAGUUCUGAAUCAGCAAGAAAUAUACGGAGAGGAACUCAACCUCUUCUCAAAUAAGGAGCGCCAGAAAGAGGUGAUUGUGCCGAAAUUGAAAGGAGAAAAUAUAGGAAUUGUGAUUGUGGAGUCCGGCUGGGGAUCUAUGGUGCCCACGGUGGUUCUGGCUAACAUGUACCCCACAGGUCCAGCGGCCCGAUGUGGCCAGCUAAAUAUCGGGGACCAGAUUAUCUCCAUCAACGGAAUCAGUCUGGUGGGCCUUCCUCUGUCAGCCUGUCAAAGUUACAUAAAGAGUAGUAAGAAUCAGACGGUGGUCAAGUUAACAGUUGUCCCAUGUGCACCUGUGGUUGAGGUCCUGAUAAAGCGGCCAGACGUCAAGUAUCAGCUGGGAUUUAGCGUACAAAAUGGAGUGAUCUGCAGUCUGUUAAGAGGAGGAAUAGCAGAGAGGGGAGGAGUGAGAGUGGGACACAGGAUUAUAGAAAUCAACAAUCAAAGUGUUGUGGCUGUCCCGCAUGAAAAAAUUGUCUCUCUACUAGCCAACUCAGUAGGAGAGAUUCACAUGAAGACAAUGCCCACCUCCAUUUAUCGAUUACUGACAGGUCAAGAAACCCCUCAUUAUCUAUAGCAGAGGCUCCUAACAUCAUCCAUCAGCUACAUUUCCAUGUUAUCCCAGGUCACCUUGUGCUAUUUAUAAAUAGCUCAUUACAUUCCCUUGAAACUGCAGGUUGAUAAGUUUUUAAAAGUAUUAAAUUGUUUUAAAUCAGGUUGACAGCUUUAUUGACUUUUAAGCUGUUUUUACUUUGUCAAAUGGCACACAUCUUUGUGACACUGUAAAUCAAAUGCGAUAUGAAAUGUGCUAUGUGUAUUGUUAGAGAAAAGUAAAAAAAAAUUCACAACCUAAUGUUUACAAGAAUCUCAUGAACUGCAGUGUGAAUUUGUUGUGAAGAUCAUAUGAAAACACUGGAGAAUAUUGUAUGUGAUAUUUUAACAUUGGCAUUGUAUGUUGCUGUGUGCUGCUGUGCAAUAACAAGAAAGAGAUGAAGUGAUAUGGUGAUUUAACAUUGAUGCAUGUGUGUUCUAAGUUUCAUUUUAUGGUGUACUAAACAAUGUGUUUCUCCAAUAACUUUGUAAUUUUGAUAUUUCUUGUAAUGCCAUAUAUUUAUGAAAUCCACCUUUGUUGUAAUGUGACAUUGUACAGCUGCUUGUCACUGAGCUCAUUAAUAUCAGUACAUGUAUAACAUUUCUUAUGUACCGCUGAGUUGCAGCUUAUUUGAAUGGGCAUUGACUUGAGGGCUCUCAAGUUUUAAAUUUUGACUUAAUUUGAAUAUUCAUUAUAAGACGGAUAUUGUUGAAUUUUUAUCACUCCUGUUUUAGGUGUGCAAGUAAUGUUGCAAUUUAAGAGAUGGGUCUUAAAAGGCCAGAAGAUUUUGAAAGGUUAAAUUUUGUGUAAGAAAAAAGAAUCUCUGUCAGUUCUACAAAAAAGUGUACAGGAGUAAAUUAAGUUUUUUAAAAAUUAUUCUUUUACAUUGCUCUCACUGAUAACUUAAUGGAAAGUACAAUAUUAAACGCUAUCAUGAAAGGGAAUUUUGGGUAGUUAUAUUAAAAGAGAAAUCAUAUAUUUAAUUUUAACUCAUAUAUUCAAGCAAUAAUUUAGUGAUACAUUUAUUGUGUAUACCAUUAAUCAUCUAGUCAUACUGAUUAUUUAAUAUACGCAUUAUAAAUAUGUGAUAUGGAUGUGAUCAUUUUUGAGUGUGUGAAUUUUAAAUGUUAUACAUGAGUGCAUGUUGAUGCUAUGCUUUCAUGAUGGAUUCUGACUGUAUGUAUUCCUUUCGUUCUACUAAAAUUGUUUAAAAAUGUACUAUGGAGAUGAGGCUGAAACAUUAUACAUCUGUUUAAAACAUGCUCAAGGUUGUGUGCAGUAAAAAGAGAAUUUAAGACAAAUUCUAAGAUUUAGAGAAGAACAUUAAUUCAAGUGUUACAAAUAUCUUUUUUGGUUCAGCCAGUGUAAAUCUUGCAUUACACAAACUAAGAAAACUUAAUACAUUUUAGAAUUAAACUCUUUCUGUAUUUAAAGGUUUGAUUGAAAUAAGAUCAUUGGUAUCAGAAAAAGUAUAUUGAUAAACAGUGCUCUAAUAUAUGUGUUGCAAUUUUGAAAGAAUCUAUAAAACAAAUUGAGAAAAAGGUUCAGAUACUUAUUAAGAAAACCGAGCAUUAAAUUUAUCCGUAACAAAAAAUAUUAGAGUCAAAUCAGUACUGUAAAAAAUAUUGUAAAAAAGCUUGAAUUGUGUGAGAAGAAAGUUUGACUUUUUGUACAUGACCAAUAAAUGACAUGAAUUUGA